CCAAAUAUGCCAGCGCACACAGCAAGAAGCAGCGUGUGAGAGGGGUACAAGCUGACAUGGAUUUAACUUUUUAAUGUGUCUUUUCCGCUAAAAAAAAACCCCAUUUUCUGUCAAAUGUUAUAUGGUCCAGCAAGUGCCAUGUGUUACUCUGGGACAGUGUAUGUCUCUGCGGUUAGAGUAUUAAGGUAGGGAUAUCACUUAGCUAUCAUUAGCUAAUGUUAGCUAGCCAGUUUUUUAAUAACUUGAAGGGGUCUCUUGACCUUGUGGGCAGUGUACAUUAUAGUACAUUAUCUGUGCCAACUAUUUUCAUAAUUUAACAGUCUAUGCCAUUACUUUGACUGCAUCUCUAUAAUUUCCGUCCCCUACAUUAUUAGAGAAUAAUGUUUCAGUCAGUCUGGGUGACAGAGGAGGUCAUAAGGUGGUCCCUGCGCUUCUGCAGCCGCCGGUAUCCAUGGAAACAGCGCAGUUUCCUAGUGACAUCUUCAAUUAAAGACACAUCUCUGCCCAGUCAGCAAUUAGCACACAGUUGGGGCACAAAGCAGAGCUAUACAAGGCUGUCUAGUAGUUUAGUAAGUUCAGUUAGGUUCUACUCACAGGGGACGAUUCACAAUGAGGAGCUGGAAGAAAAGGAGCGUCUCUCUUCUCCAGUGGUGGAGUCCUCACUGACUGCAGAGACCCCCUCAGAGCCGAGACAGAGGAGAUCCCCUUUCUUGGACCACCUGCAGCGCUGUAGAUCCCCAUGUGACGUGCUAGACCUCACCUGCCAAACCUCACCCACAGUCCGACAAGUCAGCAACUGCCUGUCCCAGAUGUGGGCCACCACCAAGAAGAUGUCAGACGAGCAGCGGCGCUAUGAGCUGCAGCUGAUGUUUGAGCAUCCUGCAUUCGAAAAGCUACUGCAAAAGGCCAUGAAGAGUGUGGGGCAAAUGCGAAGUGAGGAUAUCGCAUACUCUCUCCUGGGUAUGGUGAAAUUGGGUGUGCCCCAAAGUAGCCGUGUGGUCCAGACUUUCCUCCGAAACUGCCAGGAGAAACUGAAUGACUUUGAUGAGAAAAGUCUGUCUGUUGUGGCCUCCUGCCUUGAACAUAUGAAGGGCAGCCCCAAUGUUGGUGCACUUAAAGACGGCAUGAGGUUGGUGGUUGAGGCCCGUCUUCCUAGGAUUAAGAAUGUAAUGACUCUCCAGAUCAUGAUGCGUCUGUUGGGGAAAGAUGCACCGCUGGACCUUAAACGGAAACUAGAGGGAAAGGCUUUAUCAAUGGCAGACCAGUUCAGCCUUCCCAACACCCAGUAUAUGAUCACCACUAUGACCACGAUGGGCUUCUACUCCAAACCAUUGCUGGACAUCUGCAGCAAGAAGAUUAUAGAAAACAUCAAUGGAAUCCCCUUCAACAGAUUGUAUACAGUGCUGCAGUCCUGUAGGGAAUUGCACUACAGAGACGUGGAUCUUCUCACUGGCAUUUCAGACUACGUCACCUCCAUGAUAGACAUAUGGAGCAACAAACAGGUGAUCCUCUUCCUGUCUCUGUUCGAGAACCUCGUGUUCUGUCCCGCAGCCUUAAUGGAGGCCUUUGCUGAGAAGGUGAUCGACAACCCAGAAGCUCUGACGCUUAAAGACCUCCUCUGUCUCCUCAAGGUGUACUCCUAUCUUAACUACGAUCUGCAGCACCACAGACAACAGUUCCUGGACAGUCUCAGCCGGGCUCUGGACUCCUAUCUGCCCAAGAUGUCUAGUUAUGAGUUGUUAAAGGCUGUUUAUUAUCUGUGCCUUCUGGGCCACUUCCCCUCUGCACCACUGGAGAAACUCCUGCAGAGUAGCACACUUGAGCUGUUCAGCUCUACAGCACCCAAGUUUCUCCAGAGCCAGGAAAGAAUGUUUCAGACUGUGCACUUGUGCCUCAGUCUUGACCGUCCUGUCCUCCCUCUGCCCCUGACUGUCCCCCCAUCUGUCCUUGGAGACCCCGUUUCCAGAAUCCCGUCGGUCAACCCGCAUCUCUCGCAGGCCCUGCAGAGUAUACUGGAGGACCUGGCAGACACAGUGCUACAGGAAAUGGUGGUGGUGGAGAACUCCUACUUCGUAGACGCCGUGAUCACCAAACUUCUGCCGAACCAAACCGAGACUGAAGAGAGCAGCUUUGCAGGAGAGGAAUGUUCUCCAGCAGAGAGCAGUCAAAGAAUUGCAGUAAUUUGCGCUCCAUACUCUGGUUUUUGCUACGGAACGUCCAAUCCCCGUGGUCCCCUGGCUAUCAAGAUUCGCCAUCUGAAGAUCCUGGGAUAUAAUCCCGUCCUGCUAAGCGAGCAGCAGCUGAAGUCGGAGCCUGAGGAAAAGAGAGCGGAUUUCCUCAGGGGACGGAUCUUUCCAGAACACCUCACAUCAGACGCACAACCGAAAGUGGAGCAACUGGGAUCUUGAGGACAGGUGGCUUGAGUAGUCUCAACCUGUAAAAAUCAUGAUGACAACGCAGCUUUAGUUUAAAGCUGUUUAAAGCUCUGUAAACGAUUAAGAAGACAUAAAUAUAUUCAAGUGUUUAAAUAAAUGUUUUUUUUUGUGAGAUUA